GGUGAAAGGAAAGGAGUCAACAAAUAUUACCCACCGGAUUUUGACCCAGCCAAGCAUGGGUCCCUUAACAAGUACCGCCACAGCCAUCCCUUGCGGGAGAGAGCCCGUAAACUCUCCCAGGGCAUCCUCAUCAUCAGGUUUGAAAUGCCCUAUAACAUCUGGUGCGAUGGCUGCAAGAACCACAUUGGCAUGGGUGUCCGCUACAACGCCGAGAAGAAGAAAGUGGGCAAUUACUACACCACCCCCAUCUACAGGUGGGAAGAGAAGAAGAUCCUGCAAGAGGAGGAGAAGAAAGACCUGGCCCUCCAGUCGAAGGCCAGCCUCAGCAUCCCGCUGGUGCGGGAGUCCGAAGAGGACCGCCACCUGGCCACCCUGCUCAAAUAUCAGAGCCUUGGCUCCUACGAAGACAAACAGAAGCAGAAGCGGAGCGCGAUAGCCGAACGCCCCUGGUUCUCGGUCCCUCAGGCCUCCGGCACCAAAGCCAACGACACCCUGAGAAAGCUAGGACUGUCUGCGAAAUCCCCAGCCGGAAAGUCGCCCCUCAACCUGACCCACCUGGGUGUUGUGCGUCGGAAAUCCCGAGACAGGCCAGGGGCUUCCACGGAGGAGGAGGAGGAGGAGGUGGCGGCGGCAGCUCCCCUGGCGCAGGAGAACAGACUGGGCCGGGACGGUGUGGCGGAGAGCGCGUCCCUCGGUGCUCCUGCGCAGACAGACCUGGUCUCCCAAACAGCCGACGAAAAACCUCCGUGCGAUUCGGCCGCCUCGCUGGUUGCCGACUAUUCAGACUCUUCAUCCGACGCCGAACUAUGAACAGCGGAGUCCGGGGGCUCUUCUGGAGAGUUGGCUGAUAUUGGCGUCUGAGUGGCUGUGUUUUCUGAAGCAGGUAGAGCCUUCUCCGUUGGCAGCUGCUGCGUGGGCCUGCUGGGUACCUGAACAGAAUGCCCUCCGCGUGUGCCCACAGGAGAGCCCUUCCGUUCCCUGUCCUUGGGCUGUGUGCGCCUCUGCUGCUACUAUCGGAGCAGGACCCUUUCCUUGCUUUCUCUGGGGCCACGCAGGGACCCCCAGAAAGCCCCACCGGCUGAAAAUCUGAGAGCUACGCAUUACGGAGCAUUACCCACCGCACAAAGCCGCCGGUCUGAGCUUGCAGGGGGAAAGGAAGAACCGAAGCGAGUGGGUUACCGUGAGACGCCCGAUCAUCCCCAACAACUCGGAAGCCCCAAUGUCGCCGCGUGGCUCCUGCGAAACCCCAAUCUGCACGGGCAGUCAGUGAAAUCUCCAGUCCGUAUUUUCUCCGCCAGGUCGCGAGACGUCAGGGAAUGCUUGAGACACACAAGAAAUGGAGCCGGAUCCUGAACACCCCUCCGUCCCUUGUUGUCCU